AUGGAGCAGUUGCUAGAUAUGGCAGAACAUCCAAUAAAGAAGAAGAGAAAAUAUUCCCGAUAUGGUUGUCUAGAGUGCAAAAGGAGAAAAGUCAAAUGUGAUGAAUCAAAACCAAUCUGCUGGCAGUGUUCACAUUUGGGAAAGACGUGUGAGUAUGGGAAGAAUGAGAAGAGAAUAGAAUUUCGAGAAGUGAAAAUACCCAAAGACAGGGAAAGCUGUGCUAAAAGUGAUACUGAGAAACCAUCCGUAAAUAUUGAGUCCGAACGUGAAUCUGAUGCACCUGCACUCGAGGGAGAACCCGACUUGAAUUCUAUUUUGAUGGAUGCUACUUUACUAGCAAAUGACAUGCUAACUAGUGUGAUUGAUCCAUUGCUAAGUGAAGAGGUUAAAAGUCUUAACAGCCUCAUAGAUUUCACCGUUGAUUCGCCUCACUAUGAUAAAUGGUCAGGGAUAUCUACAGCACUUCACAUGGUAGGAGAAGGGGAACUGUCAUAUUUGAAAUUGUUUUACGAGAAAGCUUCAUAUUGGCUGAUACCCCUUGCAGAUUCCCCGGAGGAAAACAUUUGUAAUGACAUCCUAUUUCAUCAAAUUAUAACGACGAACACAUCCGAGAAUUGCUCAACUUCAUACUUACAAAGUGCGAUGGCCUCAUUAGGUGCCAAGUAUCAAUUCAACAUAACAAAGGAAGAAGCACACAAUAUUGUGAGAAAGAAUUUCCUCAGGAAAGCGUUUAAGCAAUUGAACCAGGCAUUCGAGACCUUCCCCCGUGAUUCGUUGAUUGCCCUCAAAAUCGAAAGCUUAAUACUUUGCGUCCUGUUAUUAACUCUCGAUACUUCAAGUUUCAAGAGCAAUGAAUGGAAAAUGCAUCUCGGUGGUGCUAAAGAUUUAUUUCUAAAGUACCAGCGAAUGGGAUUUCAGGAUAGUGAUGAUGAGAUGAGAGUGAAGUCAUUAGCCUUAGCGAGAUCAUGGUUUUCAGCAAUAGAAGCAGUGGCAUUUGUCACACAAACGGGAACUUUAGCAAGCGAUGAUGAAAUUGAAGAAAUAUACUGUCUAGGGGCAUACGGAAGGUAUUCCUCGGUUUUGAAAGACAUGGGACUUCUUACUGAAAAUGGUUAUAACCUAUUUCUGGGCUAUUCAACGGAAGCCCUAUCUCUCUUGAAAGAGACAAUGAAAUGUGUGAGGAAGAUACCCUUUGUUGAUGAAUAUAAUGACAAAUUUUUGCUUAUAUCAACCUUAGUGCAAGCUUCGAGAGAUUAUCACUACAUUCCUCAUGAAUUUGGCCUUGUCAACAUAGAAGACGAUACAAUUUUCCAAGAUCAGCCGCGGAGCUCUUAUGUUGUGCACCAAGGCAAUACCUACUCCAUCUAUGACUCUAUUCAGCAAGCACACGUGGAUGCAGUCUUUUUGGUAUUUUUACUGAGAGGAUUUCAAGUCUCCGUGAACAGCCCUUUUAUUCAGAACAGUUCUAGUAGAAUAUGGAAAGUUUUGUCCUGGAUGUAUCAAGACAAAAUAGAUCCUCAUCUGGUCAAGAAAAUCAUGGAAAAAGUGGAGGCUGGCGAAAUCAGUACAUUCGGCGAUCUCAAGUUGAAUGGAAUUGAUUUAUGCUCACAAUGCCUUAUUCCUCCAAUGAAAACAAACUUCAGGGCAAUGAUGUUUCAAACUGCAACAAUAUUGUGUGGCUUGACAUUGCGGCAUGAUGAUGUUGACCAGUUGCAAAUCACCCGAUGCAAGAUAAUUGCAUACUUUCAACAUUUGGUUGAAUUCCUUGGUGCGGAGAGUGGCAAGGCCUCUCUAGAACUAUUAUUCAAGAGAUGGCGCAAAAUGGGCACAGAGAUCGAAUUGAAGAUUGAUCCAGUUAUGGAUGCAUCGCAUGCGUUACCAUUUUCAUAA